UUGCUGUGUCGAAGUGGAAAAGUCGGAGGACGGCCACACGUGUCUCUUGGCUGCCUCAAACGGUGCCUGUGUUGUGGUUAAGUGUAAUCACCGUGAUUCGAAGACAGCAGUUUGAAAACGGAAACCAGUGAAAGCAAGAAGAACGUAACAAAAGAAGGGCAAAAUCUGGUGAUUUGAAGCCGUGGUCGUGCGCUUUUCACUUACGUUGGCGAAUCGGCACGAUCCACACACAUCGAUAUUCAGGCAUCGAGUCUCAUUCUUGGCUACAGCGAAGUUAUUCGAGUGUACGGUGGAAGAGAGGGAGACAAAUGAGAUGCCUCCCUUGUUGCGUGAGCAGUUGCAAAAUUCCUACGGCGAGAUGCCAUCAGCCAACAGCAGUGACACUGGCAGCAGCAGCAACAACAACAGCGGCCGGAUCAAAUGUGUUCUGGUUGGAGAUGGAGCUGUGGGCAAAACGAGUUUGAUUGUCAGCUACACAACUAACGGCUAUCCUACAGAAUAUAUUCCAACUGCUUUCGACAACUACAACGUCGUAGUUAAUGUGGAUAACCAGCCUAUACUACUACAACUCUGCGAUACUGCCGGCCAGGAUGAUUUCGAUAACCUACGGACGCUCUGUUACGACAGCACGGAUGUCUACGUGGUCUGCUUUAGCGUCGUCUCUCCCGCUUCUUUUGCCAACGUCGCCUCCAGAUGGUUGCCGGAAAUCCGCCGUCAUUCGCCCGACACACCGGUCAUCCUCGUCGGGACUCAAGCCGACCUAAGAUCCGAUGUCAAAGUGUUGAUAGAACUGGCUCGCUACGGAGAGAAACCGGUCGGUGAGCUGGAGGCCAUCCGGCUAGCUGACAGACUGGGAGCUCGGACGUACGUUGAAUCGUCUGCGCUGACUCAACGCAACCUGAAGGAAGUGUUCGACGAGGCCAUCGUGGCGGCCUUGUCCAGCAACGAAGAAUUGCGUCGAUUGACAGCCGCUUCCUCGUCGGGACGGUCGAGAACGGGCAAUCGGCUGCUCAAUUCCAUUCGCGAAAAUUGGCGGCUGUCGCAAUCGAGCGGAUCGACGGAGCGCGGCGGGUUGUUGUUGCGCUGCUCGUUGCGACGCAGUAAAAUGGCCGACAACAACAUUAGCUCUUCUAAACAGCCGGCAAGCGGAGGAGCUAAAAAGAAUCCCAACAAGAAAAACAAACCGUCGCUAUGGAAACGGCUGCUCUGUUGCCAAUGCUGUUGCGUUUCUUCGGCGUAAAAUUUGGGCCAUUUCAUUCUCGUGAUUCCAGCUACGGAUGUGUUUGAGCUAUUGGCCUGUUGCAAAUGAUUCUAUGAAUUUGUUUUUGAUUUUUUUUUUUUUCGAAGAUGGACUGUGAUUCUUUUUUUCUUAUCUCCAACCCACCGUCGGCCAUUAUUUCACUAGACACACACACAACGGCUUCGUUGCUUGGAUGAACAAUUGGUUAAUACUCAAAAGCGACAAGCUUGAUGCGCUGAAAAGAAAAAUGAUGACAUUAAUCGAUUGGUUUACGAAGAGAAUGUCCUUUUUUUAUUUUUCUUUCUUUCCCAUGUUUUUCUUUUCUUUGCUUGACGACAAAGAAAAAAGAGGUGUGUGUGUGUGUGUAUGCUUUAGAUUUGUUUGUUAUGUGGUGUUUGAUUGUCCACAAUAUUUGCAGGCCGGACCCGUGAGAAAAGUCUAGACAGAAAAGCAUAUGUGGGGGUUGGGGUUUUUUUUUCCUUUUUUCGGUGGGUGUAGGUGGGGGGGGAGUUUUUUCUGCCUACCCUUGGAUUUAUACAUCGUGAGAGAAAAAUGUAACGUCGCUUUCUCUGCGGGAGAGCUUGACAAAAAAAAUAUAUAUAAUUUUCCACACACACACAAAAAAAGGGGGAGUUAAGUAAUAGGCGCGAUGAUGCCAUAUCGUUUUGAAAAAAUUGUCCACCGCUAUCAUUACCAUUGGCUUUUUAUAAAUAUGUCUUCUUCUUUCUCUGGUUCUAUUUUCUUUUUAUAUAGUAUAUUAAGUGUAUACACGCACCCGAAUUUUGUAUUAAAAAAUGUAUAGCAAAUUUACGGAUUUCUUUUGGCGCGAUCAUUCGAAAAAGGUUCCCUACACCCUAUAUUGUGUACAAAAACUUGUACAUUUUGGCCUCGUUUUCUUUCUCUUUCUCUCUAUGUGUUUGUUUAGUAUAUUUUGUGACCGUUGUUCUUGUUGAUUGUAUAGUUCUUCUUUCUCGACAAUUCCAUUGUCUACUAGAAUUUCUUUCGACUGUGUGUGUGUGUGUGCGUGAUGCACACACAUCCGUUGUCUUUCUUUUCUCCUAUUUUCUCUUUAUUAUUCACAUUGUGACCUUCCCUAUCCGCCGUCUUGCAGAUAAUUACACGAUGAAAGUACGUACUACA